UCUUAUUUGUAUAUUUUUAUAGGACAGACAUCACAAUGAAUGCGAAAAAGAAAAAUAAGGAUAUUAAGCAAGAAAUAAUGGCUGCAUUAUGUGGUUCUACAGUCAUUACACAUUACAAUCAUAAAACAUACAGAGUUGAUGAUGUAGACUUUACAAUGAAUCCUUUAUCAACUUUUGAACGAAAUGGUAUUGAAAUAACAUACAAAGAUUAUUAUAAAAACAUGUAUGACGUUGAAAUCAAAAAUCUUACACAGCCCAUGAUUAUUACAAAAGCAAAAAAAAAAGAUAUGAUUAGUAGCAAUGCAAAUGAUUUAAGUAUUUGUUGCUUAGUUCCUGAGCUUUGCAAUUUAACAGGAUUGACCGAAGCAAUGAAAAACGACAAUAAACUGAUGAAGACUCUUCAAACCUAUACUUUGGUUACACCAGAAGUGCGACAAAAUGCUUUAGUUGAAUUUGUGAAUAGUAUAAAUGCUCAUGAAGGAGCUAGCAAGAGAUUGAAGGAUUGGGGGCUAAUGAUGCGUCCAAUCCCAGCGAAAAUGGAAGGUCCCGUUUAUAAAAGAGAAACAAUAUUACUGGGAAGUAAUAUCAGAAAACAAGUUGGAAUAAAUAUGGACUGGGGAAUUGAUGUAGCAAAAAAUGCAAUGUUUGUUGCUGCGAACGUGUUAAAUUGGGCAAUUAUGUAUAAUCCAAGAGAUGAAGGAACGGCUAAAUCAUUUUGCAGACAAUUGAUUGCAUGCGGCAAUCCUCUUGGUAUGGAAAUUAAUUGUCCAAUACCGAUUAAAGUUGAAGGGACAAAUCCAGAAGUUUUUGUUAGUACUAUAAAUAGAACAUUAAAGAAUAAUUCAGAAAUACAAUUAGUUGUUAUUAUGGUUCCAAAUCGAAGAGAAGAUCGUUAUAAUGCUGUGAAACGGAUUUGUUGUUCAGAAAUUGGAAUUCCAUCUCAAGUAGUUGUCUCAAGUACAUUAUCCAAGCCAGACCGAUUACAAUCAAUUACUCAGAAGAUUGCUUUACAAAUUAAUUGUAAAUUAGGUGGUGCUUGUUGGGCCAUUGACAUCCCAUUGAAAAAUACUAUGAUAGUUGGCAUUGAUGUAUACCAUGAGAAAGAUAAACAAAUGAGUAGUGUUGUUGGUUUUGUAGCUUCAAUGGACAAGACAUUUACUGAAUGGUAUUCAGUCGCUGCAAUGCAAAGGAGUACCCAUCAAGAACUUAUGAAGUCUGUGCAAGACGCAUUCCAUAAAGUGGUGAUGCAAUUUAAAGCAAAAAAUGGGUUGUUGCCUGAAAAGAUAAUUAUAUAUAGAGAUGGAGUAUCUGAUGGAGAUUUUAAACAGGUAGAAGAAAUUGAACUUCGAGAUUUAAUAGAAUCUUUCAAAUAUUACCCAGAGAAUUAUAAUCCUAUGGUUACUUUAAUAAUUGUUCAGAAACGCAUUAGCACACGCGUUUUCCAGUAUUUAGAUGAAAAAUAUUCAAAUCCAAGUCCUGGAACUGUUAUUGAUAAUACUGUAACCAGAAGAAAUUAUUUCGAUUUUUUCUUGGUCUCUCAACAUGUUCGUCAGGGUACUGUUAAUCCAACGCAUUACAUUGUACUGAAAAAUGGGUGUAAUUUAAGUGUUGAAAAUGUCCAAAGAUUAUCCUACAAGUUGUGUCACUUGUAUUAUAAUUGGUGUGGCACAGUAAAAGUUCCUGCUCCUGUUCAAUAUGCUCAUAAGCUUGCAUACCUUAUAGGACAAAAUGUUAGACAAAUGCCAAGUGAUAAAUUAUGCAACUCUCUAUUUUUCCUGUAAUGUACAUGUACGAUUUUGGACGAUCAGGGAGGUCUUUUCAGUUUAUAUAUACAUGACAUACACUAUUAAACCAGAGUAUAUAACAUUUGAAACAAAUGUUUUUCAUUUAAGUUAUUUUUAAGACUUGAUUAUUGUUGACAAUCACAAAAUCUGUGAACAUCAUCACCUAGAAUACUUAAAUAAUAAUAAUAAUAAUUGUUGUGCUAUUUCAGUAAUAGUCUUGAUAAUCAGAAUAAGUAGUUAAUAAAUAGUUAAGAAAUAAAUUGCCUUUUUUAUUGUGACAAAAAUAAAUCUUUUUUUAUUUAUUCCAUUUUACUCAAUAUCAUUUUAUUAUAAGUUAUGAGCCUGCUACACUUUUUAUGACAAAGUAAAAUGUGAACAACUAAUAAUGAACAAUUCAAAGUCAAUAAUAUUAUUAUGCUAAAACAGAAACUAAAAUAUUAAAAUAUUAAAUAAAAAAUAAGUUAUAAACAAGUUACUUUAAUGUUAAGUACAAAAACAUAAUUCCAGAAAACGGUUUAUACAUUACUGUUGUUAUGUAUAAACAGUUAGCUUAUAUCCUGGCUUUACCAGGUAAUAAUGUAUAAUGUGUAUUUAUUCUUAUGUAAGAACUGAAGUCGUAUCCAAUAUAUUUUAUAUAACUUAAAUAAAUUUAUCUGCCUACUUCAUAUUUUAUAUUUUGUUUAUUUUCUGAAUUGCACUUAAAAAGAUUGACUGUUAAGUGUUAGUAAUAGGUGAUACUUGAAUUAAGUUUAUUAUAAUAAUAUAUU